AGCUGUCGUAGGAGACUUUUUGUCAAAGCCCAGUUCAAGAACUCUAAUUUUUGUAGAUAAAGCUUUUCUCACCUUCCCCUUUGCUGCUGGGACUCUGCAAUGUAACAGAUUCUUCCAGUAAAAGAGAAUAUAUAUAUAUAUAUAUAUAUAUAUAUAUAUAUAUAUAUAUAUAUAUAUAUGCACCACUUACUUUAAUUCUCCGUCAAAAGGGACUGUUUUUUCUUGGCUGUUUUUUUGUAUAUUAGCCAGCUCUGUAAUGUUCAAACUUCAGAGUCUGUUCAUGGCAAGCUUUCAAGUUAGUUCUUGAAAAGGAGUGGGGAAAAGGGUGCUGAUCAGUUGGAGAAAGCUAUUGCAAUGCAAGUAGCCAUUUCUAAACACAAGCAUUCUAAGAGAAUUUGAUUUUCACAAAUGCAGCUUCCCGUAUACACGAGGAUUUAAAGACAGUGUGGAUCAUUCAGUAGAGGCCUCUAAUCAAAUGAUGUUGGAUAGGGGUGAUACAAAUGACUGUAGUGAGAGCAAGAAGAAGCAAUCACCUAAGGAAGUCCAAAGUUCUUUGAGGCAAGAGAUAACACAGCUCGAGAGAAGAUUACAGCACCAAGUUACAGUUCGAUGUUCUCUAGAGCAAGCAUUGGGAUGUAAAUCUUUCAUCACUCAGACCUCAAUGUCUAAGCCAACCACAGAACUGAUUAGAGAAAUUGCAGUACUAGAGUUGGAAGUAGUGCGUCUGGAGCAGUAUCUUCUCUCAUUAUAUCGUAAAGCAUUUGAUCAACAGAUCUCAUCCAUGUCUCCUCCCACAAGAGAUGAUAAACUAAAGUCUCUUACGAAUACCAAAAUAAGAAGGUGCCUUGAAUUUUCUAAAUCUGAUACUACAGUGAGAAGGGAAAAUUCUUGUGCUCAACCUGAUAGCAAGUCGGUAUCAAAUCCGUGUAAAGAAACAACUAGCACAACAGAAGACAAAGUUAGAGAAUGUGAGGCCCAUCGAAGUCGUUCCUCACUAACUCAACAUUCAGUUCGGUCAAACAGAGAGGCAAUACCAGGCAAAGCUUUGCGUGCUUGUCAAUCUCAACCUUCAUCUAUGAUGAAGUAUGCGCAGAAAUCUUCAUCAAAUUUAAUCAGUUUGGCGGAUCAUCUUGGCACUUGUAUUUCUGAUCAUGUUCCAGAGACACCAAAUAAGCUGUCUGAGGACAUGGUAAGGUGCAUGUGCACCAUAUAUAGCAAACUUGCUGAUCCUUCACUUGCAAAUCCGUAUCUCUCAUCGCCAACCUCAUCCUUGUUAUCAAUGAGUGCCUUUUCUCCGAAAGACAUAUGGAACCCAGGAAUUAGGAAAGAUUCAUCUUUUGAUGUUUGGUUGGACAAUCCUUUUCAUGUGGAAGGGUUGAAGGAGUUCAGUGGAUCUUACAGCACAAUGCUUGAAGUACAAUGUAUAUAUAGAGAUAGUCACGGACUAGAUGAUAUUGAACCUUUGUUGCAAAAUUUCAGAUCAAUUGUUUCUCGCCUCGAAGUAAUAGAUCCGCGAAAGUUGAGUCAUGCAGAAAAACUAGCUUUCUGGAUUAACAUACACAACGCAUUGGUGAUGCAUGCAUUUUUAUCUUACGGGAUUCCACAAAAGAAUGUGAAGAGAGUUUUUCUACUCUUGAAGGCUGCCUACAAUGUCGGGGGUCAUAUAGUCAGCGCGAAUGUGAUACAGAGCUCUAUCUUGGGAUGUCGGAUGUCUAGACCAGGACAGUGGCUUCGCUUGUUACUUUCUUCUAGAGGAAAAUUUAAGGCAGGCGAUGAAAGACAAGCCUAUGCUAUUGAACAUCCAGUACCCCUUCUGCACUUUGCACUCUGCUCAGGCAAUCAUUCAGAUCCUGCGGUACGAGUCUAUACACCCAAGAGAGUGUUUCAGGACCUGGAAGCAGCAAAAGAAGAAUAUAUUAGAGCAACUUUUGGUGUGAAGAAGGAUCAGAAAGUUCUUUUGCCAAAGGUUGUCGAGUCCUUUGCUAAAGAAUCUGGUCUAUGUCCUGCUGGUGUGAUGGAGAUGAUCCAGCAAUCUUUACCUGAAUCUCUUAGGAAAAGCAUAAAGAAGAUUCAGCAGGGAAAUUCUCACAAGAACAUUGAAUGGGUUCCUCAUAAUUUUGCUUUUCGGUACCUAAUCACGAAGGAGCUGUUGCAGUGACUACUUUUAUUGUGUGUUUUUAGCUUUGUUUAUGUGAUUAUAGAGAUUUGAUUAGUACUAAGUCACUUAGACCUCCAACUAGUAGGUCAUAGGUUCUAGUCUCGCUAAGGGUAAGUGAAAAUCAAUGUUUAUUCCAUGUGGAAUCAGAGUGGGAAAAGGGAGGAAAAGAGUUUUUUAGUGAGACCUCUUUUUCUUUCUUUUCCCUGUCCUAAUAGGAGUUCUUUACAGGAUACUUAUUUCCUUUUUCUCUGUUCUGUAUAAAUGCAUAAGUUAGAAUGGAGGAAUGACUGGAGAAUGCCUGCAAUCUGUGUUUUGUAUGUAACAUCAUUUUUUGGCUUCAUUUUUUAUAAUUCAGAUUAACAUUUGUUGUUGGAUCAA